UGCCAGAGCGCGGGGGCGGGGCUUGAGGCGGGGCGCGGCGAGGCCGUGUUGCCGUGUGGGCUCCGGCGAUGGCGGCGGCUCCGCGCUGGAGGGAGCGGCUCUUCGCCCUGUACUUCCUCUCGCACAUCCCCGUCACGCUGCUGAUCGACCUCCAGCCGCUGCUGCCCGCCAGCCUCUACCCAUUUGCCCUGACCGAGUUGUUGCAGGGAUAUGCAGCUGCCUUCAGAGACCCCAUGAUGCUCCAGCCCCCUGAGUGGUUUAAGGCGUUCAUAUACUGCGAAGCCUUCCUACAACUGCCAUUCUUCCCCAUCGCAGCAUACACCUUCUUGAAAGGUGGCUGCAAGUGGAUAAGGACUCCUGCCAUCAUCUAUUCCACCCAUGUUGCUACAACCUUGGUUCCCAUCCUUGCGCAUAUCCUGCUCCACGAUUUCUCAGAGAACUUGGGACCUCAGACACUGCGUGAGCGCCUGACCCUGCUGUGCAUCUACAUACCGUACUUGCUGAUACCCCUGCUGAUCCUUUAUACCAUGCUCUGCCACCCCCACUAUAGCCACGUGGAGAAAAGGAAAAGGAAGUGA